AAUGGUGAUCGACACAGAUGUGCAAUAUUUUUUCCAAAUACAAAUAUAUUCUCCACACGACUCAUAACGCCAGUUCGGUUCUUAAACCAAUUACUUCUAUUAAAAUUCAAUUGACAGAUUUUGGAUUCUGUUCCAGUAUAGCAACGUCUUAUUCUGAGAGCUUUAAAUGAAGUCAACAUGAGGGGGAGAAAAAAUAAGGCAUUUGUUGCAGUAGUUCUAUUUACUUCAGGUGUCAAAAGCUGUCAGCUCAGAUGUAAAGGAACGCCAAACGAUGAAUGAUGUUGGGAUAACAUUAGAUGCAUUUUCUGCUUCAUCGGUGUAAUCUGUAAGAACGCUUGCGGCUCAAAAGAACACAACGUGUUUUCUAACUGAAAUGUAACGGGAUUUUAUUCAGAUUCCACGCAAUAGUCCAAAAAGAAAGUAGUUUUUGGAGAAUUUCAAACCUCAGUGAUGUCUUGGAUUGACCCUUUUAUCAUUUCAACAACUGCGAAGAACAAAUUCAUGCCAACAAAAGUGUACUCGUUUUAAAUAAUUACGGAUAAUUCAAUUAUCCGUUAAAAAGGGGUCAAGAGCACAUCUGUGGAUGGUUGCUAUGACUGUACUAAUCAACUGAGAAAAAUGAAACUAGUCUUUAUCUACUAGCCCCGUGAGACUCAAACAUUCAACUGAGAAAGAAAAAUGAAAACAAUAAAAAUGCUCUUUAAAUAUCGCAAUCUAGUUUCCGGUCUGCACCGUAGGAUUUAAAAAAUCUAAUUUUUAAAAGAAAGGCAUUAUGCACUUUUCCCACUAGGCGACACUCUAGUAACCCGAAUGAAAGUAAAUUAUAGCUAAACGCGUAGUGUAUACCUUGGAGGAUACCUUUUGACUAACAUUUUUACGUUGUGUGUUUCAUAACAUAUACUCCAAAUUUGUUGUCAGUACCUGAAUUAUGCCUCUAAGGGAUCUGAGUACAUUUACAUCUCUCCUGAGCAGUCCCUGUUGAUGAAUGAUGGCCACCCUCAACAAAAGUGAGUCAAACCAGAGCAGCCCCUACCGAUGUUCUUUCGAUGAAAGCUUUAAGUACCUUCUUCUUCCAGUCAGCUACGGGCUGGUCUUCCUCAUUGGAAUGGCGCUCAACUGCAUCGCCAUGUAUGUUAUUGUCUUCAGGACAAAGCGCUGGAAGCCCAGCACUAUUUAUAUGUUCAACCUGAUUGUGUCCGACACCUUGUACAUCUUCACUCUGCCCUUCCUCAUAUAUUACUAUGCAGGUGAAAAUGACUGGCCGUUCACCGAGCCCUUCUGUAAAAUCGUUCGCUUUCUCUUCUACACCAACCUGUACGGCAGCAUCCUCUUCCUGUCCUGCAUCAGUAUUCACCGCUUCCUGGGCAUCUGCUACCCCAUGCAGUCCCUGCAGUGGGUGAGCAAGCACAGGACCCGCUUGAUGUCCGUAGGCGUCUGGAUCGCCGUGAUAACCUUUCAGUCCCCCAUCUUGUAUUUCUCUCGCACCACAGAGGUGGGGGAGGUGAACAUGUGCUACGACACCACCAGCAGCGAACUGUUUGAAGACUUCCUGGUUUAUAGUUCCUUCAUCUCCAUCAUGCUGUUCUGCAUCCCAUUCGUGGUGGUCGUGGUCUGCUAUGGCUUAAUGGUCAGGAAGCUGCUAGAGCCCAGUGCGGGCGGGUCCUGUUCGUCGAAGUCUAAACAGAAGUCCAUCAGGAUGAUCAUUAUCGUCCUGGUGGUUUUCAUGGUCUGCUUCUUGCCCUUCCACCUCACUCGCACUCUCUACUACAUCCUCAGAUACCUGGGCAAAGACAUCAGCUGCAGUGCCCUUGAAGGUGCCAGCAUUGCGUACAAGGUCACGAGGCCUCUUGCCAGUGCCAACAGCUGCCUGGACCCCAUAUUGUACUUCCUGGCAGGGCAGGGAAUUCGUAAGAAGCAGUCUGUGGAAAAGAAGAAACUCUCUCUCAAAGCAGGCACUGCAAAGCUCUCCUCCACUCAACUGUAAUGGAUGGAAACCAUGAAGCAAUAAUGUAAAUAAAGCGCUUGGUUUCCUCAGAAGCAGUUCUACCUGUUGUGCUGGUAGAGAGGCAGAAAGGCAUGACACGAGAUAGGAAAAUAUAAACUGUAGGACUAUUUCAUCAUAUUAAGGGUGUACAAGCCAUAUCAGCAGGUUCUGGAACAAUGUGGUGUCACAAUGAUGAGGAAAGGAGUGUGAAAAUGCCCAAAUAUUAGAAAAUUGUUGUCUCUUGGAGCUGUGAGUGGGGAACAGAUACAGUACUCUUUAGGGAAGGUGGCCAUACUCCUGACGGAGCUCCUCUAAUUCAAAUGACCUUUCAGCACAACGGCAAUCAUCCCAGCUGACACUUUGCCUUUGGGUUUGUUAAGAGCUCAGGGAAAUAUUUGUUUAAGCACAGAUACAGCAGGGAAACACAAGAUGGGUCAAUUCUACCCAAACGGAUGUGAAACGCAGACUUCAUGUCUGUCGUCUGAAGCUUGUGGGUUCAUCUCUCCCAGUUAAGUGGAGCUACACUUUCUACGAAGCCAAUCUGACCCCCAGUUAUAUUGCUCAUCGUGUGAACAUAAUUCAGAAACAAACAGGAAAUUAUCUGCUCCAAAGAAAAGGAUUAAAAAAAGGCUGGAAGCUUAAUGGUGGAACAUGAGAGCUUUCAUCAUUCAGAAGGGAACGUAGAUUUUAUUCGCAAAAGGAAAGGUAUCCAUCCUGUUUCCACAGAAAACCCCUUACAGAACUACAUUUAUUAUUUAUUAUUUGACAGACAUAAAGUUUGGGAACGUCAUGAUUUUGUCAUAUAAGUAACACAACAUAUUAAAAAUACUGUACUUAUUUCUAAAAAAAACUUUGUUUUAAUAUAGACCAGCCAUAUGCGUUUGCAUAAAGAACUGGGAAACAUUAUUGUAAAAUAUCAGGAAAUACAUUUUAAAUAGAUGUGUAUUAUGCAAAUUUGUAUAGGGACUACCAGUUUAAAAUGACCCAUGGUUGAGCCUUUUAUGGUCAUUGAUGUCAAAUUAGAACAAAAUCUCUGAUUUGUAUACACUUCAAUGUGUGUUGCAGAUGGUGAAUAUACAUUUUCAUGCAACUAACUUUAGUACAGGCUGCUAGUUUCAUUGUAAAUGUUGGUUUCCUUUCAUGAACUGAAAAUAUUGAAAAAAUGUUUUUAAUGUGGUAUCCUAAAUGAUGACAGCACCAACAUGAUGUUUUUUCUGGUUAAUCUUGGGCUCUGAGAAGGGGUCCAGUAUGAUCCGUUGUUAUCUUUUCAAGACAGUUCUCACACAAGAUCUUACAUGUCUGGAAUUUCAAGCAUUUGUGCGGCGUUAACUCUUCGCAUGCCACUAUCGGUUCAGUUUGGUGGACUUUGAAAAAAUGUCAACGAAAGCAGGGGAGAUGUAAUGAAACAAGGGAAUAAAAAAGAAAAAAUCUUUCUCUCUGUGCCAAGAGUGUCUCAAAACUGCCCAAAUGGACAUGCAUAUAAAGCGUCAAUGAGUGAGGUCAUGUAAUUAUAGCACACUUUCUGUGGUUACUGAACGAGGAUGACUGGAAAUGCUGCUAUUUGGUUACAUAAGAUGAAUCCAAAUAGUUCAUGUGAAGCAGUGUAAUGGUGCACAGCACUACUGUGCAUAAAAGAGACAGGAAACAAUUUUAAUAUCAUAUUUUGCCACAACAAGCAUGUCAGAGGAAACAAGGCAGAACUUGCCUACAGGCUUUUCAAUAAAAGGUUUUUCUUGAAUAAUAUAAUUUUUAAAAACAUUUUAAUGGGUCCAGCAGACAGAAUUCAUAUUUAUUUCUUUCUGUGGGCAAGUCCUCUGGGAAAAGAAAGUGCAUUCAUUUGUUUCCUAUUGUGCUGCCUAUCUGUCACUGAUUUCCAUAAUAAAAUUCUGCAUGGAUGAGGGAAAUCUUUGCAUUGACUAUGGGACAUGAAUAGGGAAAAAAACAGAAUCACUCAAAGUAAUGACCUAUUGUCAAAUAAAAACAUCAACAACAGCCAAAUAGGUGAUAUGACUGUUGUCUUCAAUUUUAAUGCCUCACUGAAAGUUGAAACUGCAAACUCCAGCUGCAUAAAUGAAACUGCAUUUAUUUGAAAGAGUGGCAUGGAUCAGAAAUCAAGGAGCAGGGGCUUUGCGAGGUAUUUUAAUAAAAAAAAACCUAAACAUGA